AUGGAAUCACUCACACCCACGAAACAACCUAUCGCCAUCCGUCCAGAACAUAUUGCUUCGUCGACGACAACAAUCCAGGUAAAGCAACAUAGCGCGAGUUGGUCCAGCGGCAAAUUCACAAUUUCAACCACUCAAACUGCCGAAGAACCUCUUCUAAAAACUCUCUUCAGUGUUGACGGUGAUGCUAUCUCAUUGUCUCAGCGACGACAUUUCCGCGACGCCUCAGGCCUUCCCCUUUUCGAGAUAUCUCGGAAAAAGGUCGGGGUAACAUGGUAUCUCCAUCUCCCCGGCGAGAGCAGCAGUAAAGGAAAUGCUCCCGAGCCUAUUGCGACAGUUGUACCAAAAUGGAGCGCCCUCAAAGACAAAUUUGACGUGCACCUUCGGAAUGUUGCUGCAAAUGGAGAAGAGACGAUACUGGAGGUUCGUGGACAGAAUGUCUGGAAGUCCAAGACACAUGUUUAUCACCGUGGAAAAUUGGUUAUGGUGGUAAAAUUGACCGACAUGGCUGCGGUCUACCUACCCGGAAAACGACCAUCAUGGGAAGUGGUGGUGGCAGAAGGGAUGGACCUAUCGCUGGCGUCAGUUAUUGCUGUUCUUCUAGCUGCGAUGUUAUACCAGAGUAGUGAGGCACGAUCAGACACCCUCACGAACACGAGUUACUGA